CGAUGGAGGCCUAAAUAGGGGCCCGUCAAAGUUUUGUCGUGGUUCCCGCGACCACGCCAUGUCGGCCUCUUUGAGAAAGCCAUGCAUAUCUCUCGUUGUAACUGGGAGAAGUCCCGAGAUUCUCAAGUUCGACGUUGGGCUCCUAUCAUUUCCCAGAACCGAAAGAAAGGCAAGGUUUAGAGCAUAAACAGGAUGGGAGUGCUGUAAUCCCCACGGCGACUCAGUUCAUCCUCGUGCUCUUGGCUGUGGAAUUCAUCGCUAUCUCUUACUUUCUUCAGCUUGUGGCCCGGAGCCUUGAUACUCCUCGACGACAAGAUGAAGCUCAGCGUCUUCUACGGCCACCUCUUUGCCCUCUUGGGACCCCUCUUAUUCGUCUCACAAGCGAGCGCAAAGUGUUCGACUUUCAAACAUCCAGGACUGCUACACACGACCGAGGAUUUCAACCGUAUCACGGGAUUCCUCGACGCCAACAAGGAACCAUGGACCACCGGCCUCGACAAACUCGCGGCUCGCGCCAACGCUGGCUACACCCCGAGUCCCAAGGAGGUCGUUUGCCGCGGCGGCCCGGGCCGUGAGUGCAUACCGCAGAACUACGCCUCCCUCUUCCGCGACGCGGCCGCCGCCUACACCAACGCCGUCUACUGGAGGCUCACGGGCGACGAGGCGCAUGCCAACGCCUCCGCCAGGAUCCUCGACGCCUGGAGCGGCACGAUCCAGCGCAUCCACGGGCCCUCGGACAGGUACCUCGCCAGCGGCAUCUACGGAUACCAGCUCGCCAACGCGGCCGAGAUCCUCCGGGGGUGGGCCGCGUGGGACGGGCUGCCGGCCGUGAUCGAGAUGCUCGAGAGCGUCUUCUACCCGAUGAACCACGACUUCCUCGUCAACCACAACGGCGCCGUCAUCGAACACUACUGGGCCAACUGGGACCUGGCCAACAUGUGCACGAUGCAGGCCAUCGGCAUCCUCUCGGACAACAGGACCAUGUACAACGAAGCGGUCGACUACUUCAAGCACGGGGCGGGCAACGGGGCCAUCGAGAAGGCCGUCUGGAAGCUGCACACGGAGCCGGGAACGAACAAGACGCUCGGCCAGGGCCAGGAGGCAGGGCGCGAUCAGGGCCACUCCCUGUUGGACUUUGCCCUCCUCGGCGUCUUUGCCCAGCAGUCGUACAACCAGGGCGACGACUUGUUCUCCUACCUCAACAACAGGGUUCUCGCGGGGAAAACCCACCCCACCACCAGCUCGGAGUACGUCGCAAAGUACAACCUUGGACACGACGUCCCCUUUGCGAACUUCACCAACAGCCACGGCACUGCGACGGCCAUCAGCGCGGCCGGGCGGGGAGAACUCCGGCCUAUGUGGGAGCUGCUUUACGCCCACUAUGGCGUCAUCAAGGGGCUGAACGCUUCCUGGACCGAGGAGAUGCGCGAUUAUACGGUGAAGGAAGCCAGAGGCCUGGAGGGUGGUGGCGGAGACUACGGCCCGAACAGCGGCGGGUACGACCAGCUGGGAUUCGGGACUCUCCUGUACAGGCUCGAAUGAGCACUUGACGGAAGUGGUCUUGCUGGAGCGUACCGGUGUUCUCUUCUUUUGUUUCUCUUGCUUGUCCGACGAAGUUGUUGUUUGCAAGCCGAUUCGAAUUCUCCUUCAACUCGUCUGGCUGGUUCCAUAUCCUGUAAAACCUAGAGGCACCCUCCUUCUCCUUCCCGUGCCUAUUUUGUUUCAGUUAUCUUCAAUCAUAUUUGAGUUAUCCUUCACGAUAUGGUAGAAUGAAACGAAAAAAACAAGAAACCCUUUCUGAAUUCCGAUGGCCUCUUUGGACUCUGGUUGGCCGAAUAGGGAUUGUUAUGGUACCCUUUGACGACGUAGUUGUAAAGAGUGGUGUCAGUGUCGUCCAGGCAGUAGGCAGUUUUCUUGAUGCCCCGAAAUUUGGCCCGUUUUGAGACAUUCUACUAGAGGAUGAACCCACGCAUCUAGUCAAAGGGCACCGCAUGGCACUUCUGCGGCCUGCUCGUUGUCCUCUGAGGGGUGGUUUUACUGACGUGGCCGAUAAACAGUUUGCUGUCUAAGGCGAAAAGGUACCUUUGGC